UCCUCCAUUGGAUGUUCCCCAAUGGUGACUACCAAUAUAGAGGUAUUAUCCAGCUUCUGCUGCAUUUCAUGUGGACAUGGAUUGGGCUGAUUUACCUGAAUACUGGAAGUGUAACUGAGGCAUUGAUGCGGAAUGUGAUUCCGAUGUUUUCCAUGAGUGGUAUCUGUUUUGACUUCGUGAAAAAAGUUACUGUUCAUUCUAGUGAUACGAGUGAACUUGUGUCGGGAGGACACAGAACCAUCAGCACAGCUAUGGAAAGCAAUGCCAGUGCAGUGAUCUUUCAUGGGGAAUUUCACAGUAUGAUAAAUCUAAUACUUUUGCUUAGUGUUGCACAGUUUGAAAAUAUACCAGGGAAGGCCAAAAUCUGGAUUAUGACAGCAGAUGUGGAUUUCACACUCCUCCCUUUUCAAAGAAUUUGGGAUAUGCAUUUUAUCCAUGAUUCAAUAUCCCUCACCAUUCAUUCUGAGCAGAUGUUGGAAUUCCAGCAAUUUCUUGAGAAGAGGAACCCUACUUGGGAAAAGAAUGAUGGGUUUCUGGUGGACUUCUGGCAACAGACAUUUAACUGCAUGUUCCCCAGUCACAACACAGAGAUGACUGCUGGGGACAUCUGCACUGGGGAGGAGAAGCUGGAGAGUCUUCCUGCAUCGGUGUUUGAAACAAGCAUGACUGCCCACAGCUACAGUGUGUACAAUGCAGUCUAUGUAGUUGCACAUGCGCUGCAUGCCAUGCAUUCAUCACUGCAGGAGCAUCGAGCAACAGUGAAUGGUGGGGGGCAAAAACUUUUCCAAAGACACUUGUGGAAGCUCCAAAGCUUUCUGAGAACAGUCAUCUUUAACAACAGUGCUGGAGAAAAGGUUUCCUUUGACAAAAAUGGGGAAUUGGUCACUGGAUUUGAUAUUAUCAACUGGGUGACAUUCCCUAACCAGACCUUCCUUAGAGCCAAAAUUGGACAUCUGGACCCAGACAAACACUUCAGGGUUUCUUCUGAUAUCAUCACAUGGCCCAUCAAAUUUAAUCAGACACAACCUUCUUCUGUCUGCAAUGAUAAAUGUCACACGGGUUCUAGAAAAUCAAAGAAGGAAGGGAAGCCUUUUUGUUGCUAUGAUUGCAGGCCACGUCCUGAAGGGGAGAUUUCAAAUCAGACAGAUAUGGAUACUUGCUUUGAAUGUCCCGACAGUUAUUAUUCAAACCAAAACCAGGACAAAUGUUUUCCUAAGUUUAUCACUUUCCUAUCGUUUGAGGAACCCUUGGGGACCUCCUUGGCCACACUGGCUCUUUUGCUUUCUGUCACCACAAUUUUGGUCUUGCACAUCUUUAUGAAGUUCCAUGACACACCCAUCGUUAAAGCCAACAACCGAAAUGUCUCCUACAUCCUUCUCAUCUCCCUCCUGCUCUCCUUCCUUUGUGCUUUUCUCAUUGGCCAACCUGGGAAGGUAACCUGUCUCCUUCGACAAACUGCUUUUGGGCUCAUCUUCUCGGUGGCUGUUUCCUGCAUGCUGGCCAAAACCAUCACUGUGGUGUUGGCCUUCAUGGCCACCAAGCCAGGAUCUAAGAUGAGGAAAUGGAUGGGAGAAAGGCUUGCCACCUCCAUUGUUCUCUCCUGCUCCCUUAUUCAAGCUGCCAUUUGUACACUUUGGCUGUCAAUAUCUCCCCCAUUCCCAGGUAUGGACAUGCACUCCAUAAGUGACCAGAUUGUAAUCCAGUGCAACGAAGGGUCAGACACUAUGUUUUAUUGCGUCCUUGGUUUUAUGGGUUUCCUUGCCGUUAUGAGUUUCACUGUGCCUUUCCUAUCCAGGAAGCUUCCGGACAGUUUCCAGGAGACCAAGUCCAUCACCUUCAGCAUGUUGCCGUUCUGCAGCGUGUGGGUGUCCUUUGUUCUCACCUACCUCAGCACCAAGGGGAAGUACAUGGUGGCAGUGGAAGUCUUCUCCAUCCUGGCUUCCAGUGCUGGCCUCCUGGGGUGCGUCUUUUUCCCCAAAUGCUACCUCAUCAUCUUGAGACCAGAUCUGAACAAAAAGAAGCAUCUAAUAAAGCCAUUGACUCAGAGCUACCAACACAUCCUGGCCUUGGAAUAUGCUGUAAAGGAGAUUAAUGACCAUCCCCAGCUCUUGCCCAAUGCCUCCCUAGGCUUCAACAUCUACACAAACUACUUCACUCCAAAAUAUACCUUCGCUGCCACAAUGCAACUUCUUUCUACGCCAGGCAGAUUCAACCCCAACUACAAAUGUGAUGUCCAAAGCGAUCUGGCAGCAGUCAUUGGAGGACCAAACACCAAUGACUGCCUUGAUAUGACAACUAUCCUGACCAUCUACAAGCUGCCACAGCUCACAUAUAGCUCUGCUCUGAGAAUGGACACAACUUCCCAAAUUGUCUUCUUCCAUUGGAUGUUCCCCAGUGGGGACUAUCAAUAUAGAGGGAUUAUCCAGCUUCUGCUGCAUUUUAUGUGGACAUGGAUUGAGCUGAUUUACCUUAAUACUGGAACUGUGACAGAAGAAUUGAUGUGGAGCGUGUUUCCGAUGUUUUCCAUAAGCGGUAUCUGUUUUGACUUUGUGAAAAAAGUUUCUGUUUAUUCCACUGACAUGUGUGACCUUGUGUUGGGAGGACACAGAACCAUCAGCACAGCUAUGGAAAGCAAUGCCAAUGCUGUGAUAUUUCAUGGGGAAUUUCACAGUAUGAUAAAUCUAAUACUUUUGCUUAGUGGUGCACAGUUCGAAAAUAUACCAGGGAAGGCCAAAAUCUGGAUUAUGACAGCAGAUGCAGAUUUCACACUCCUUCCUUUUCAAAGAACUUUGGAUAUGCAUGCUAUCCACGGUUCAAUAUCCCUCUCCAUUCAUUCAGAGCAGGUGUUGGAAUUCCAGCAAUUUCUUGAGAAGAGGAACCCUACUUGGGAAAAGAAUGAUGGGUUUCUGGUGGACUUCUGGCAACAGGCAUUUAAUUGCAUGUUCCCCAGUCACAACACAGAGUUGACUGCUGAGGACAUCUGCACUGGGGAGGAGAAGCUGGAGAGUCUUCCUGCAUCGGUGUUUGAAACGAGCAUGACUGCCCACAGCUACAACGUCUACAAUGCAGUCUAUGUAGUUGCACAUGCGCUGCAUGCCAUGCAUUCAUCCCUGCAGGAGCGUCGAGAAACAGUGAAUGGUGGAAGGCAAAAACAUCCCCAAAGGCACUUGUGGAAGAACAGAUAUGAGGAUUCUUAA